AAGCGAAGAUAAAACAAAAAAAUAAAUGCAAUUUUAGCAAUUGUUAGGUGUAAAAAAUUCAAAAAAAAAGAAAACAAAAUUUAUACGACUCUUUUAUAUAGUUUAAUGAUGUUUGUACAUUAGGAAACGCCAGAAACUAAACUAUUCCCAACUUACUACUUUGGCAAUGGCUUUAACACGAUUGGAGCCUCGUCAGUGUCUACACUCCAGUACUUUGUGUCAAUCAUUCGAAACUUUCCUCCUAGAAGACGUCCUUGCAAAUUAAAAAUUACAGCAAAGACUCGUUUUAAAACUUUUAUAAAACUUUCUAUCCAUUAAAAACCCUGUAAAUUUACAAAAAUACUCUUUAACUUGAAGGAUUUCUAGACGUAUCGACAUCCAAAAAUGGCUUCACAAUUUUUUUUUUAUUAUUAUUUUUAUUUUUAAUGGAAAAAGCAAGAAUGUCUCAUCGUGGAAGAUAUGCGUCUACCCAUUUUUAUGCUAUUUAAUCCUCUAAUAGCGUGCACGUGGUUUAUUGUUCGUUGUAGCUACACGCACACCACGACCUAAAGCGGGACCACCUGCCUUUUACAGCCUAAGCUAUGAAUAUGGAGUGUAUUCAUCUAAAAAAAGAAUUUAAGGCACGAUACGGAUAAGGACGUUGAGCAAGAUCGUGACAUCUGGGCUACUUGUUGCUGGGAUGAUCCCAAUUUGCGGCUAGAUAUCGACAUUUGGCCACCGGUUUUAAGAAGUAGAGAAGAAUGCCAAAACGGUUCCAUCUGCGGUUUCUCGGCUUAAUUUUAAUAGUUGCCGUUAAAGUAAGGAGACUUUAGGACAGGAUAGUAAAGAAGCCCAACGGGCGGCUUAGUAAAAAAACACAAAUUCUCAUAAAACGUCCGUCCCGUUUAAUAAAUAUAGCCCCUUGACGUCUUCAUUCGACCUAUACAUGUCAAACUACGUGAUAUAUGUAAUAGAGCUAAAACAAGAUUAGUUAUUAUUGCGACUGGAUGUCUGUCAUUAAGAUACAUCUGUACAUUUUCUCCUUACUAUAAUGACACACUCCACCUUUGUUCACGUGAUGUAGCAUUUUUAAAUUUUGAGUGCGUGUGGCCCUUUCCCUAGUCUAGGAUAUGUCAAAAUUUGUGUACGCGGCCCAGACCCUCUGAACCUUCAAACAAUCGACUCGGCUUUGUCGGGUUUGUAGUUCGGGGACCGGAUGCAGCUGGUAUGUAUUAUAAAGAGGGGAGAUCUUUCCAAGAAAAGUUAAUAUUCGUUACCGCAGUACAGGUUAUCGGAAGAAAGAUGUUUCGGGGUGUAGUUCUGCUAGUCGUCUUAGCAGCCUCUUCUAUGGCCGAAUUGACAGCUGAUUCUUAUAUUGAGAUGGCUGGAAAUGAAAUUUAUAGAGAUAGAAUCAAACAAGAACCAACUUAUUUUGUGCUUGCAUCAAAAAUUGUACGUCCUGGUCAAAUAUUUCGUGUAGUAGUCAUUAUAUAUAGCUCAACAAAUCCCAUGACUGUUCGUGCUUCUAUUCAUCGUGAUGGUGUCGAACUUGCCUCAUCGUCUCAGGAAUGUAAACUGAAAACCCCCGAAACAUUAUUAUUAAAGAUUGAUGCUCUCAGUCCUCAAAAUUGA